ACCAGAUCCCAAGAAGCUUAUAACUAAAACCCCGCCUCUUCUAGGGUUUCAACAAUUCCUCUGCCGCCGCACCGUCCGCCGGAGCCGUAAUCUUCUUCUUCAUUCUCCGCCGCCGCUGGCCGACCGACAGACCGAUAUACAGAAGCCAUGAUUAUCCCAGAGAAGAACCGGAGAGAGAUCUCAAAAUACCUCUUCCAAGAGGGUGUAUGCUAUGCGAAGAAGGAUUUCAACCUCGCCAAGCACCCGGAAAUCGAUGUGCCUAACUUACAGGUGAUUAAGCUGAUGCAGAGCUUUAAGUCGAAAGAAUACGUGCGGGAGACCUUUGCCUGGAUGCAUUACUACUGGUAUUUGACAAAUGAUGGCAUUGAGUUCCUCCGUACCUACCUCAACCUUCCUUCGGAGAUCGUCCCAGCUACUCUCAAGAAGUCUGCUAAGCCCCUCGGUCGACCCAUGGGAGGCCCACCAGGCGACCGCCCACGUGGACCACCAAGAUUCGAGGGUGACAGGCCAAGGUUUGGAGAUAGGGAUGGGUACAGGGGUGGCCCAAGAGGACCGCCUGGUGAAUUUGGUGGUGAGAAGGGAGGAGCUCCAGCCGACUACCAGCCUGCUUUCAGGGGAUCCGGUGGAAGACCUGGAUUUGGACGAGGAUCUGGCAGCUUUGGUGGAGCACCCCCAAGUUAGAACUUGUCCUAGAUAUUCAUUUGCCAAGUUUUCGUAUUUCUUGCAAAUUAGUGGUUAGAUAUUGGAACUGGCGUGGAAGCCCUUUCUUUCGCUUAGAAACGCUAUAUUGUAGUAUGAUCUUUUCUUAAAAUUUGUUACUUUGAACAUUAAUACUGGUUUCUCAAGUUAUUACCAGAGCAAGAAUUUUUGUUUUGCGAAUCUA